CAAUUAAAAUUUUACGCCGUGUUUUCCGUUGAAGAUUCGCAGCCGCAGACAGCACUGGUAUUCUUGGCAACGACUGCGACGGGACGCCUCUCGGAUUGCAGUCUGCGUGGAUUCGCAUCGGAUUUGCUUUCGGCUGGUUGAACCGAACCGAACCGAAUCGAUUCGAUACAAUUCGAUUCGAUGGGAGGAGACAGCGCCGUGGCCCGCGAUUGCUUUCCCAAAACAACGCAUUGGUGUUACGUUCUCCUUGUCGUUGCGGUUGCUGCCGCUGUCACACCCGCGUUUUCGCUCGCCCUUCCGCCGCCGCUGCGGAAGAACGACUGUUGCGGAUUCCAUCCUCGUCGCCAACGAACGGCGCAAACACGCACGACACGGAUGCAACGGCAAAUGCUCAAGCGGGACGCAGAGACGCCCUCCUUGGUCCGAAGGAAACGGCGAUUGGUAUGGCACCGAAACAGAGACCUUCGGUUUCACGACCACCCCUUUUACGGCGGCGGCGACCGUGGUGUUCCCACGACAAGCGUCUUUGUCUUUGACGAGCCGGCACCGGUGGCGGGAAAGGGAGGCGCCAUCGGAUCCGAUCCGUUCGUUCCUACCAGGCCCUCCACGUGCCUGCCCGGCGACUGGGGGACCGUUCCCAACCUCGGUCCGCACGGAAUGCGGGUGCUCCUGGAAUCCGUAGAAGACCUCCGGAGGCAGAGUUUCCUCCCGAAACGGCCGCAAGGGCAAUCGCAAUCGCAGCCGCAACCGGAACAGCCGCUCGUGGUACGAAGGGGGCCCACGGUUCCCGUCCUCAUGGGGCUGCUAGAGGAGCUGGUGACCCUCGACGAAAGCAACGAAAGCAGCGAAUGCGAAUACGAAUACGAGGUCUGCUGGAACGAGGAACCUGGGUGGCACGAGCUCGAGCUCUCCGGUGCCGUCCGGGACGCCAUCCUGGAUCGGUACGGCAAAGGUGGUUGCGAGCCUUCAAGCUACGGGGGCAAAACCCACAAGCGCAAACAGGUGGUGGUCACCCUCCGAACCGCCCUGUCGUGCACGCUCUACCACCCGGACGACCUGCCCGGGGCCGGGAGCUGGACGCCGAUGAGCAAAAAAGAGAAACGCCGCCUGGAAAACCAGCGGAAGAGGCAGAAGCAGCUCCUGCGCCGCGGGGGCGGGGGGAAGGACCCACCCGGAAGUCUCCCGUCGGAAGGGCUACCCGGUGCGGCAAAAGCACCGCGAACAACCGGCCCUCACGACCUGGUGGACCUCUCGGUCGAGCGGUGGUCCGGCAUGCCCCGGAUCAUGGGAGACUUUCGCAGGAUUGCCCGCGAGCGGGCUGGGGUGCGGGCCUGCGAUUCCCACAGCAGCGAUGCCCUUGGUGCUGCUCGUGAUGCUGUUCUACACGGCGCUGACACCGAUGCGAGGGUCAGAAGUGGCGAUGCUGCGACGAAAGAACCCCCGGAGGCGGCGGGCGGAGGCAUCGAUCCGGGGCCGAUGCCAACGCUGGAAAGCCUCCUGGAGCCCCUCCUUCUCUACGUGGGCGACGGCGAGGACUAUGACCACGGAAAGAAACCCAUCCUGGGUCUCCCACCGGCCGUCAUCCGGGAAGCCUGCUACAAUUCGAUUCGGAUCCACCAAAAGAAUCGCGGCGAGAGCCCCGCUGGAAGGGGAUCACCGGCGGAAGCAGGAGUAGCAAACACGACCACAACGAUGAUCGGGGGAGAAACCGCCGCCCUGAAACACCUUUCCGACUUUUGCAAUCACCACCUCCACCGAGCCGAGCGGAGCCUAGCGUGCGUCGACGAUCACCAGAGCUCCCACCUCGGCCAGUACCUGGCCUUUGGGUGCCUGUCCCCCCGGACCGUCGUCGGGGUGGCCGACGCCGCCAUUGCCAAGCGCAGGCAGGCGCAAGGCGGGAACGACGGUGGCGAGCCCCACCCCGGCAGCGGCGAGACACGGAAGAACCACAACAAGAACAACGACAGCGACAACGCGAGCCGUGUUCGUGGCCACAACGCCCGCGAAAACGAUGGCACCUGGCUGGUGAGCCACAUGACGAUGCGCGAUUUCUUUUUGUACACGUGCCUAGCGUCCGGCAAGAAGUUUUACCGCUUGGAGGGGAUUCCAAUCAGCCAGAAACAAGCCGCUGCGAUGGAAUGGAAGCCCUUUUUCCCGGAACCGCAAACGCGAACGCCUACCCCGCACGGCCACAAAAGGGGGUCGACGCCGCUGCCGCCGUCCCCCACCCGCUCCGGCAAGGAGCCUUCGGAAGCGCUCGACCUCUGGAGGGCCUGGGCGACGGGAACCACGGGCCUCCCCCUUGUCGACGCGGGCAUGAGGGAGCUCCUCGCGACGGGAUACACCUCCAACCGGGUCCGCCAGAACGCGGCCAGCGUGUUAGCAAAGGACCUGGCGCUCGACUGGAGGGCCGGCGCCGAGUGGUUCCAGUUCCUCCUGGCCGACCACUGUGUCGCCGCCAACUGGGGCAACUGGCUAUACUUUUCUGGGGUCGGCCCCGAUCCGAAGCAGCGGCACUUUUGCACCGUCUCCCAGGCACUCAAGUACGAUCCCUCCGGCGCCUAUGUGCGCAAGUGGCUGCCGUCCCUGCGGGAUCCACCGGAAAGGGAGGAGGGCCGCGAGGGCGUCCGCGAAGGCGUCCGCCACCCCGACUUUCACCUGCGGCCCUGGGAUUUCGAUGGUUCAUGGCCCACCCCGAUCGUAGAUCCCGAUUCGCAGUACACGUGGCGAGAACUAGAGCGACUGAAAACCACGGGGAGGUUGACCGAGUGAAAACCACAGAAGAUCGGAUCUCGUCCUACAAACAAAUGUGCUAGCGCGCC